UGUUUUCAUAAAACUCACCAUGUUGGUGAACGUUGUCUCGGACAUUUUGGUAGCUUAGUCCCGUUGAUUUUUCCAGGGUUGGAACCAUUGAGCGUACAGCCAGCGUUAAUGCAGAUCCCGCCGAGCAGCCGGGUAGUCAUGGCCGCUGCGUUAAAUGGAGAAACUGGAUUGGCUUCUGGCUCCUUGGAUUAUGCAACAACUUUGCUUAUGUGGUCAUGCUGAGCGCGGCCCACGACAUCCUCGAAAAGCAAGAAUCAAAAAACUCCACAUCUGCCUCAGAUAAACUGACUGUGGACUUUCGAGCUGGGAACAAUAGCAAUAGUAGUGGGUAUGACUGCAGUCCCGUCACCACAGGGGCUGUGCUGUUAGCUGACAUCCUUCCAACGCUCAUCAUCAAGCUUUUUGCUCCCUUUGUAAUCCACAAAGUACCUUAUGGUUUUCGAGUGCUGUUUUGUGUCACCAUGGCAGCAGCAAGUUUCCUGCUUGUGUCCUGUUCCUCUGCUGUGUGGAUAAGUAUUGUUGGAGUGAUCUUUGCCAGUAUAAGCUCUGGACUGGGAGAACUAUCUUUCCUGUCUCUUAGUGUCUUCUUCGACAGGAAUGUUUUGGAAGGCUGGGGGUCUGGGACUGGUGGCGCUGGUGUUGCUGGCUCCUUUCUCUACUCAGGCCUCAUCCAAGUGGGUCUGUCACCCCAGAUCACACUAUGUAUCAUGCUGGUUGUCCCGUUUGCAAUGCUGGUUAGCUAUUUUGGUGUGCUGGCUCCUGUACCUUCUUUACCUCAGUGGAGGAGGUCAGAGUUGGAGUAUGCAGCUGUGGAUUCCGAGGAACAACAGCAGCUGAUGGAUGAAUCAGAAGAUGAGGAACAGGAGACUUCAGCUUCAGAGGACAGAACCAGGGGAUCUGUUACCCUAAAGGAGAAGUACUAUGUCAUCAAAGGUUUGGUACGGUUUGUUGCUCCACUGGGACUGGUCUACUUUGCUGAGUACUUCAUCAACCAAGGCUUGGUACCAGACCCUAUACCAGGUUGGUGUGCUGGUGUCCCGAUCCUCUCUGUAUUGCAUAAAGUUCAGGAGAGUGUGGAUUUUCUCCUUGCUGCAGUAACCUUACACGCCAGUUAUUGUAAAUUAUUUUAUCUGGAUCUGGGAAUAAGAAAACUAAACCAUGUUUCAGUUCCAAGUCUGAAUCCAAUGGGAUUUACAGAUCUACAUGCUGACCAGGGUAACUACUGUGAAUAUUAGUGUUUCUCUAAGCGACAUGUUUAUUAGAGAAGGUUGUUUAGUAUUGUGUGUGUGAAUAUAUGUGACAUACAGAUAGUCAGAAAUACAAAAAACAUUGUUUAUCCCUGCUGCUAUAUGAAUAAAUUUGAAUACAACACAGACAUAAUGGAUUUUGGGGUUGGGGUAAGUAAGAAAACUCAACCAAACAAUUCAGAGCCAAAAUAUAAGCUUUUUUAAUCUUUGUUUUCUUACGGCAUACCGCAACAAACUGAAAAGGUCCAAGUCCUGUUGUACUAGUGUUCGAAGUUAACAUUAGGUAUAUUCCUGGAAAACUUGGUAUUCAAUUAUGUAAACGGUUGAUAAUCUGUUCUACUGGCAAAUCGAACAGCGCCACAACUACGUGUUGCAGCUUUCUGACCACAACCAUGGCAACAAAUCUGUCUUUGAA